AUGGAAGAGGUGGUUGUUCCCAUGAAAUACGAGACUUUUGACCCCAAUCUAGGAGUGGAGAUCACUAGAGCUUAUCUAAGAGAGACCAAACCUCUAACCAAAGACAACAGAUCAGCUGCUGCUUGUAUUCACCCUCACUCUCUCAUGAGAGAGAGUGUGAGAGAACCGCGUGAUUAA